UUACAGGUUAUAUGCUGAUGGUAAUUGGGCAGGGAUAUCUUCAAACAAGCCUAGUUGAAGUCCCUGAUUAUGAUUUGAAAUAAGCCAGGAUGGACAGCUUCUUGUCUGGAGACAGCAUUGUGCAGUAUCUCAAGUGCUUGAUUACAGUCGGCUGCUGGUGGCAUAUAAACUCGGUCAGGGUCACAGAUGAGAACUCCCCGGGUAACUGGAACAGACGGCAUUUGUGCUCUAUGUCGGGGGAACACGAGGCUCAGCAAAAUUGCCAUAUCAGAGCACCACAGAGUUUACCAUGAAACACACACUUCUACCUUUUGCCAUUUCCGAAUCAGCUGUUCGGUCCAUCUGGUGAAUCGAGAAGCCCUUGGGUCUGAUUGCCAUAUCUGGCAUGAAGGCUAUCCAGUCCUGUGUCACUUUUAUCUUUAUCAGAUUUUUCAUCAACAGCAUCCAGAUUAGUGCUGUUUUUGAAAGUGCAACUUGAUUUUUUAAUCUUUUACUCUUCCCUGCAUAGUCCAUUUUUUGUCUGCCUGACAUGCUCUUUGUGUGUGUCCUACCUUGCUGCAUUUUCUGCAAGUUUCAACUUUAAACCUGCAUUGGUCUGGUGAAUGUGAGACUCUGCCAUAACAGUAACACAAUUUGUUUGGCCAGGCCACUUUCUGUUUAGACAUUCAAUUUUGUACACUCUCACUUUCAUUUCCAAUUGCAGUCAAUUGCAUCUCUACCUGCUGUUUCCAUUGAUACAGCUAUUUCAAUUGCUCUUUUAAAUGUGUGUGCCUCAGUUAAGAGCAGUUUUUGAAUGUUUUCUUGUAAGAUUCCACAAACUAAAUGAUCUCUCAUUAGAUCAUUAAGCCCAGUACCGAACUGACAAUGCUCUUCAAUUCUGCUUAUGAAACCUAAAGCGUUCUUCAAUGGUUUCAGUUCUAAAUGAUCCUCCAUUGCUUUCACAAUAUUAACAAAGCUGUUGUACAGUCAAACUUCUAAGCAAAUUGUAUGCCUUUAAAUGCAAUGCACUCAGCAAAGCCAACAUGCAUUUCCUAUCCGCUAUUUAAUUUGCUUCAAAAUACUGCAAGUCAUGGGGACAGAGGGGCACAGGGCAGGAACAGGUCACAGGGGCAGUGGAGUCUAGUGUGAAAACAGGUCAUGGGGACAGUGGGAUGAAGGGUGAAAGCAGUUAUGGGUACAAUGUGCAAUGCAAACUAGUUUUAGUUUCAUUCCUUUUCUUUUUCUGAUUUAGCAGCAAGAGGCAAUUGCAAACAAAAGAGGCAAUGUAUUAAAAAUGCUUUAAUAGGUAUGUAAAGGGACAAAAUAAUACUUAUCCACACCACAGAAUCUUCAAGUGACCAACAGCUUUGCCAGCCUCUGUCUUCCAAUGUCUUUCUGUCUCCAACUCUUAGCCCAAGAGAAGAUUCCCUACCUGCACAAACAAAUUGCCCCUUUUGAUAACCUUAAAGACCCCCAUUUUAAAAAAAUCUCUCCCAACCUUUGGCCAAGACGCAACUUAAAAAAUAGUUUGGCAAGUGUGAGAGGAAAACAUUUUUUCACCUAAUUCAUUCAAAAUGGAGACAAAACAUUGGUCAGUAAUGGGGAAAACAGGCCAUCAGCACAUUUUGUCUCACACAUUGCAGCAUGCACCAAGGAAUCAAAUUUAACUCUUUCCUUACAGGGUGGGAGUAGGUUAUGUUGACAGUGGGGUGCAGGGUGGGAGCAGAUCACAGGGACAGUAGGGUGGAGAGUGGGAGUAAAACAACAAAUUUCAUGACAAGUCAGUGAUAAUAAGACCGGACUCUAAAGAGUUUAGGACAUUAUUGGUGGGAGGAAGUAGCUGAAGUGUGGGAUAAUGAUAAGGGUGGAAAUAGCUGUGGAGGGGUGGAUUAGUGAUGGGGUGAGGUGAUGGGGGGGGUGGAUGUAACUGGAGAGGUAAGUUGGUGAUCAGAGAAGGUUGAGGGGUGGAUCAAUAGAACAUGUGGAAGAAAGACCAAGACACAGGAGUGAAAUUAGACCAUUUAGCCAACUGAAUCUGCUCUGCCACUCGAUCAAUUCUGAUCACUCUCUCAACUCCAUUCUCCUGUAAUCUUUGACACUCUUACUAAUCAAGAAUCUAUCCACCUCAGCUUUAGAUAUAUCCAUGAUGGGGCCUCCCUAGAUUCACCACCCUCUGGGUAAAGAAAUUCAUCCUUAGUUCAGUACUACCGGUACAGCCUUCUAUUCCGAGGCCUAGACAUCCCCGCUACAGGAAACUUCCUCUUCACGUUCACUGUCUAGGCCUUUCAAUAUUCCAGACGUUUCAGAGGUCGGAGGGGCGGCUGAGUGAACGGAGGAAAAGCGGUUGAUGUGGCUUGGCGGGGCAGGGUCGGUGAUAGGGAGCCUUGGAAAAAGGCAGCAGUGAACGGGGACAGAGGGACGUGCUGGUGGGAUGGAGGCGGCUGGUGAAGGAACGAAGGGGCGGUGUGGGUUAGCGAUAGGGGGAUGGGUCCAGGGCCAGCGGAAUUUGACACUGGAGAUCGUGAUCGGGUGCUAAGCAGUUGACAACAGACGUAACGUUAAGGACCGGAAGGUCCCCCUUGUUCCCAACCACUGCUGAUUAUGACGCGAUAGAACCCCAGUCAAACUCAAACUCCCUGUUACAACUGGUAACAUUGUGGCGGCGAAGGAUACAUCAAGCCCGGGAAACAGCGCGACUGUGUGCCCGCGUCUCCGGCGAUCAUCGGAGAUUUUUCUCCCCUCUUUUGUUUUAAAAGUAGUCCAGCUCGAGUCCUCAGGCGAAUGAGUAAUGCGUUUCCCUGCGAGAAGCUGAGCCGGGAUGGGGGUCACGACCGCUUCCCAGGAAGUCCGGAGCAGAACCUCCUUCCGCAAUGUAGCACCGUCACGCACACAGCUUUCUCUUUCUUUAUUUUCCUCCCGAUGUAGUGCUUCCGCCCCAGUGGAAGAAACGCCUCCGUGUCUCAUUAUUUUCUGAGCACGCUGUCGGCCACCGAGAAACCAACUCGUGUGAUUCCCUGCUGGAGAAAGAAUAUUCGGGAGCGCGUCCACCGUGCCUGCCGACGGCGCCGUGUUUGUUCCUCUCACCCCCCGGGGAGGGGACCCGCUCAUGUGGAGUUUGGCUGCAUUUCCAACCGCCACUUACACGUGCAUAAAUAUAUAUGGGAAAGAAGAGGGGGGAGGGUGAAGCUCACUGUCGGCCCAAACGAGGACGCAUGAAGGGGAGAGGCGAGAGGCUGCGCUGCGGAGAAGGGAAAAAGAUGUCGUCCGCUCGGCGGUCGCCCGAUUGUCAACAGACGUCUCCCCCCGUUCGGGAGACAGAUAUCUUUUGCUCCAUAUCUCUCGCCUCCAGCCAAUUCACGCAGGAAGUACUACCAGUCUUGCAGCAGGCAUACUUAGAUGAAACAUCAAUGGAUUAUUUUCAUUACAGCCAAGUGACCUUAGUGAAUAAUACAAGGCUGCUAAAUCAGCGCAAUAAUUGGCUGCUGGAAACGAAGCAUAAAGGAUAUACUGAGGAGGAGCUUGCUGAAUCCUUUGCUUUUUUACUGUUUGACACGGAAGAUCAGGCAAAAGCAGUUUGUCAAAAUGGAUUGGAGACUGGGCGUAGUGACAUAACAACACUUGGAGAUCCAGUGAAGGGAGUGUAUCUUUGUAAAUUUUCUGACUUUCUUCAUCCUACACCAUGGUGGCAUGGGAAGCAAGGCUAUAUUCUUAUAUUUAAAAUAAUUAAGGGUAGAGUGAACCGUGUGACUGAAAAUUACACUUCUGAUUUCACCAGUCCAACUCCUGGCUAUGACUGCCAUAUCUCCACAAACAGUGAGAAGGUUUCUUCCAAAAUCAGCCACUUUCAGGCCUUUGAACUGACACAGUAUUACUUGUAUGAGUUUGAACAAUGCGAUGUUCAGUACUGUCCUAGACAAAUUUAUCCAUAUGCUAUUGUAGCAUUUCAGUACUGUGACUACAUGUGCAUCACGGCACAGUCAAGAGAGAUUGGGAUAGAUGCUCCUAAAAUUCAAGCUGUGCACUAUUAUCCAUGGAAAGGAAAACUCAUCAACAAAUCCAAAGCAAUCAGUGUGGCUCUGAAGUCGAAUGGCAGUGCAUUAAUGCCAGUUACUUUACCAGCGAAGCUUGAAAUUGAAUACGUGAUCGAGAUCAAUGAACUGAAAGUUAAAUUGCCACCAGCAAUUUUUGAAGGAAAAAAUUACACGCUAAAAGAAGUUUGUUUGGAAGGUUUAUAUUGCAGUUGGUAUGAGCUGGUGGAAUGCCUGGAAGAAGAAGACACCCCUCAGUUGGCUCCUCUAUUGAAUGAGUUGAAGGAAAAGAACUUGGCAAUUGUGAAAUGCCUACAGGAUCAGGGGCUUCUCAUAUUGUUCAGCAGAUUUGUUGCCAACUCUACUAGAGAGAGCAGCAAGACCACCCAGUGUACCGCACAGGCUGUGUUCAUUUUUAAAUCACCCAGAAUCUCUCACCUUAAAGAUGCAGGUCAGGUAAGCCAACCAAGACAGAGCUCACCUUUCUCAGCCAAGAUAUCUCCACUUCUUCCUGCUGUAAAUUAUGCUGUGGCAGAAGGUCUGAGAUCUGCUGGCAUUCAGAAGGCUCCACGUAACAAAUUGGUUGAAGACCACCUCAACAAGUACUUUAUAAUGACGCCAGACGUGCCUCCAAAUUCCUGCCAGAUGGGCAGGAAGGCAGAGUGUAGCCUUUCACCUGUUGCCAAUGCCACAAUGUGUGAUGGGGAGCCACCUAUUCCCGGAAACUGCCAGGAAUCAGCCGUCUCCCAACUUUCUCCCUACCUUAGUGACCCUGCAAGCUACAUACUGUCUGUGUCAGCAGUUUUGGAACUUCAGGCAAAAUGCCUCAAGCUGUGUCAGAAGUCCGGCGCCAAGGUUGUGAGCCCUACUCAUGCAUCAGUGCCUGCGCCCAACAAGGCUGCAAUCCCCUUGGAGAACACAAAGGUGGAAGAACAAAAUCCCACGAGCUCCCUCGUGGAGAGUACGUUUCCUCAUUCUGGCUUGAAGAUGAGGGCAAUUGCACAGAAGCAAACAAAGCCACCCGUUAGAGGGCUAUGUUCAAGUGUCAGAAGAGCUGGUAAGACUUUCAACAGAAGUACCAGUACAAUGAAAAUUAAAAGUGAUUGCGUGUCCAUUAGAGUGUCGAGCAGACUGGCCGCCAAAGUGGACAAGCCAGCUUCGGACGGUGGCGGCAACCAGACUGCAUCUUUGAGUGUCUGCCAGUUGACCAGGUCACGGUCUGCUUGCGGUAACAAAAGAGCUCUUGCGGAGGUAGCGAAAGGUAAGUCCGCAGAACAGCCUGCCUCUCCCGAAGUGAAGGCAAAGAGAAUGAAAGCUACCAAGGUGCUUUGUAAGACGGGUUCUGACCGAAGGGCAAAGGCAAAGAAAGCUGCCGGUGACUGCUGGGAGGAAAAGCUGAGCCAGCAGCAUAGUGAAACAGGGGUGAACACAGAGCAGAUUUCCUGGAACUCUGUAGAAGGCGAGUCUGCUGAUAACGCAUCAGCCUCCCUGUAUCCUCUGUGCUUGGUCAUAAGCCCAAACGAAACACAGACAAAGAAGUGUUCAGAUGAGGGAAAUGGUGACUACUCACAGAAGGAUACUGAAAACAAUGUUUUGGAAACAGACGCACUGAAUAUUCUUGCCGACCUUGCAAUUAGCUCAGCCAUCGCAGCACUACCAAAAUAUAAACAGAAACGAUCUGUGUCAUUGCAUAUGGUAUGUGGCAAGGAUGCGUCCAAAAAGACAGGUUCCGUUAGGAAUAACAGGCGAUCAAAUUGUUCUGUUGAUGUACGUGCAAAGAGCAGUGCUUGUUUGCCUGGCACAGAACUGAGUGGACCAGAAGGCCACCAGAAAGGAGGUAGAGAACACUCCAAAAGUCCACUUGUGUCUGAGAGUUUAAGAUACCAUUCAGAUGCCACGUUGGCUUUUCCCAGCCAAGAAGCAUUGGAGGUUCCCAAACCUACAGCCCAGGUACACGAGGAGGUGGCUCCCGGGUCUUCAACUGUUCCGUGCGGCUCACAUUUCUUGGAUGACCACUCGUACUCUCGGCCACCGAGGGACAGGGAGAACGUGUACCUGGCGGUCACUAACCCAGUGUUGUCGGAGAAGGAGGACGUAGUUUAUCAGUCUAUGUCAGUGACUGUGGAGAGCGAGAAGGGGCAGCCCACCACAUUUGAGCAUCAGGGCUGGACUCACCCUGAGGCUUCCUCCAGAGACGAGGAGAGAAGCUAUGAGGAAGGGACGUUAGUUGGAAGAGUUUUGCCUUUCAGGCGCGAAGACAGUUGUUGGACCAACAAUCCUGCCCCAGAUCCACAGAAGGAAAAUGAUGCAAUAGCGAAGCAUCCACAGGUACCUGACGAUAAGCUCACAGAUCCGGUACAGGGCAGGGGUGAUGAAGCUUUCCAGCAGUCUCGUUAUGUGCAUGAGGAAAAGGACACUGUGAAGGUGACAUUUCAAUGGAACGGGCCAUAUCUGUACCAGUGGGACAGCAAGUACACCAAUGAUCCACUGGAGAAAUCUGUGAAUCGGGCCCUUCAUGGGCUUUGGGAUCCCACCAUCCAGGAGACCAUGAAAGAUGUGAAGCUUAUCCUUCAUAUGUGGAUUGGGCUUUUUUAUACCAAGUCUAGUAUGAUGCUGCAGAAUUCCAUAAGGCAUGUACAGGAAUGCACUGAUUCCCCAGAGGCAGAGGGAGCAGGUGAUCUGCACAGCAGCGAGUCAGCUGUGGUUCAGGACCCCACCCUGGAUGAAAAUGACUCUGAGCCUGCCGUUUCAGUACAACAGCAAGCACCGGGAAUAUCCGAGUCGUCCGUAAUUAAGAGGAUCGAGAAGAAUUCGAGCCUCAGCACUUCCUGUGACUGCAGCACACCAGUUUGUGGGGAGGCACUCCCCGGCGCCAGUCCCUGCUCAGAGGAAGAGGGCAGAGAGGGUGACAGCAAUGAAACUGUGUCAGAGUCAGCAACAACACAGACUUGCAGGGGAGACCUGGUAGAGACUGCGAAGAGCUUUGCCGAGGAUGAAGAACCUGGCAAUCAGGAACCUUUGGAUGAUGUGAGUGAUGCGAGAUCAGAAAAUGGGAGCCAAGAGCACAAUUUGGACCAGGGAUCUACUCCAUUAUCAGAAGAAAGGCACACAGCAGAAACGAUACAAUACCACAGUGUGCCGGAUAAUGCUGCGGGAUAUCUGCUGGAAAGGGAUGAGAUGGCUACGAGCCCAGCUGUCAAUCAAGCUGAAGUCACUCAGCAAGACGCAGUGGAUGGAUCUGAAGAGAGCUGGAAUUCCUCAGUGACACCAUUAACUCGUCCAGUUUUGACUGUGGACAUGGCUGGAAGUGUGGAUAAUGAGGGUCAUUCUGCUACCGACAGUGACCAGCUGGGAAUUAUUCGUCAGUCUUCAGUAAUCAGAGAGCUACUUUGUGCUAAGCCCCAAGCUCAGCCUCCUUCUCAGAGUAUUGAACUGAACAGUGCACCUGCUUCAGGGGGUUGUGAAAAGCUCAAAUCAAAGGAAAGUGCCCUUAACGGGAAAAGGUCUGAUUAUCUCAGUGAUGGGGAAAACAGAAUUUGCGAGGAAGACUUGCAAAGCAUCAAAGGCACAUGUUCAGCUGAGGGAGACAUGCAGCAGGAUGAAUUUGAACAUUUGAACCCUACUGAAGCUGAUACAGAAAGCUUUGCUUCUACAAAAGAUGUGCAGCUUCAUUCUGAAACUCCAAAAGUCAUCAGUCAUGAUGGGAACAGAAGCUUGGAUGUCCAAAGUCCUGUGGAUGUUACAGGUAGGGCACCGGGGGAGGGAAUUACUGGCUCCCAUACUGAAAAUCAUGCUGGUGUUGAGAGCAGAGGUGAAACAGAAACACAACACGAAAGAACCAUGGUGAAAAAGUUUGUGGGAGAGGUGAUGAUUACAAGUGCUUCCGAUUCUGAAUAUCUGGACCAGGUGGAAUGUUUGCCCCCUAGUGAUGUCCGUAGAAACCUAAUGAAACCUAUCCCCAGUCAAAAGCAUGUGGAAAAGCAGGAUAUUCACCAGGAGGAGGAAAUUGGAUCACCGAAUCACCAAGACAACUUUAACACUGAAUCGGAAAGAUUUGAUUUCAGCUGUGAUCUAUCUCAAAAAGCAUGGGGUUCCUGCGAAGAAUAUUCUUCCUGUGAAGAAGGUACCAAUAGUAAAAUUCCUAUGAGUGCUAAAGGCUUCCUGGAGGAUGAUGUGCCCAGGAUAAGCCACAGAGCAAGCUGUCAGCCACUGAGAAGGAAAGGAGUACGCUGCAGAAAGAGAGCUUGCUACCCUUCUAAUACAGAUUCAGACUGUGGAAGUUUCAGAGGGAAAAGGGGGGCAAUCAAUGGUUCUCUGCAGCUGAGACAUGCAGAAAGGAAUUAUCUAGCUCACAGUUUUGACAAAGAUGAUGAAUGCUACGAGAUGAGUGACUCUGAUGUGCAUGUGCCUGUGCUUAUUAAAAAUCCAAACAUUUUGGGCAGACACCAAGUCUUGCAAAACCUCAGCAUCACAUUUCAGACAAAACCCACCAGGUCAUGCAUGUGCGAAAGAAUCACAAGGACGUUUUACAAUUCCGAAAGGAAAAACUUCCACGUCUGCCCACCUCGGCUUUUCACAGAGUCUGACACAAGUUGCUGGAAUAGUCCAAUUCAGGACAUUAUAGAUCUGGAAUUUAUCCACUUCUCUCAGAAGGUUAAACAGUUACUAACCAGGUCUCACACUGCACCAUGCACAAGCAUCAGGUCCAGGAGGCAUGGCCGUAGAACAGCUCUGGGGAGGAACAAUGUACAAAGAGGGUUCAGUGAGAAGAAAUCCCCAUUGACUGUGACAAUACCUCAUCAAGUAACUGGCCAACGUAGCACGAGAUGCUUAUGUAAUAAAACUCAAAUGCCGGAACUGGCUGAUAGAGAGCACUGUCCGAGGAGUUGGAAGUAUGAACUACAACAGCCUCACAAACCUGAAAGCUACAGACUGUAUAGGAAAAGACCAGGAGGUCAAUCUCAUGGUGUCAGUUGCUAUAGCAAUAAGCAAAUGAACAAAAUGCCAAAGAAGCAGUGUCCAACUGCAGAGAGAGAACUUUUCUUUGGGGAUGAGCAGGCCUGUGUAAUGCGCAAGAAAUGCAAAGAACUUCGAGGAGAGACAAGGAAACGAUGUGAUUCCUUUCUAACCAGUGUCAGCAAUAGUUUUCACCAGAGCUUGAAUGAAGUAGUAAAGGAAUCGUGGAAAGUCAGCUGCAAAUUUUAUGUUUGUGAGACAAAUUCUGAUCCGUUCUUUAAGGAAGUUAAGGAAUUCCUAAAGAAAGAAGGUCACGUGGAAAUUAGCCUAUCGGAUCUCUCCAUGAUACAGCCACACCAUUCGGGUAAAGUGCUUGUGGUUAUCCGGAAUGAAGACAUUGCAAUGCAUUUGCAUCAGAUUCCUUAUUUGGUGAAGCUGAAGCGGAUGCAAUGCGUUCAGUUUGCUGGAGUGGAUAAUCCAAGAGACAUAAAAGACCAGACCUUUCAAGAGCUGUGUAGUUCGGGAGGCUUUAUUGUUUCUGAUGGGACUGUGUUGGACAAAGUGACUCCUGAAUACUUGCAACAGAUCUUUGCAGUGCUGGAGAAACUUGGCUCCAAGUCUAAGUGGAAGUGGAUGGUCCAUUUCAGAGAACUCAAACGGCUGAAGGAGAUGAUAAGGGAGGAGAGUGCAGCCAGGAGGAAGAUUUCCCUACUGAAUCAAAAGGUGGAAGCGAAUAUCGUGGAAGUUCUUCCUUUCCACGGGUGUGAUUCAAAGUCCCAGGCAAAGCCUGACUAUCUCAGUUGUCUUAUGAAGCUGCAGGUUCAGAAAAUAAGCUCCCGGUUUGCCGUGUUUCUCUCAGGUAAACCUGAAAACAAAGAAGUCUUCACCCAAAAUGGAAUUAUAGUUUUGGAUAUAAAUAAUUUCACCAAGGAGUUAAGAAACCUGACCACUCCUUUACAGAGUACCUAUGUUACAGAAAAUGCUAUUCGGGCUAAAGAGCAUCACACUACUGAGACCCAGUUGGGAUUGUUCUUUGGGAAAAGCACAAGAACUCAAAAUUCAGAAAUGGAUCAAGACAUGUUCUAAGUUGUAAUUUAAAAUUGGGAUGCCAAAGCUUUAGUUGGGUGUGUGGAGGUGAGGUUGGGGGUUGGGUAAGUCUUUUUGGUCAUUCCUUUUUGGUUUUUUGGAAAACCAGAGAAAAAUAUGUAGUCAUCUUUGUUCAAUUUCCCUGUAUCUUGUCCAUGCUUGUGUAUUUUCAUGUCUUUAUCUUUUCAAUGUCCAUUGCCUUAAAUGGGUUAUUUUUCAGGAUCUUUGCCUGAUCAUAGCAAACGUUUAGCUGAACAAUCUUUAACAAAACUUUGCAAAUACUUGUUCUGUUGUUUUGGGUACUUUACAGAAAAAAUAUUCCUGUUCCAAGGGUAAGAGGAUUGUCUAUCCAUCUAUCAAACUUCAGAUUUCUCGAUUUAUCGGUUUCCCACUUGGGCAAGUAUAGUUGGGGGUUCAGAGUUCAAAGUAAACCCACAAUGACUUCAGAUGCAAAUGACAGGAGGUUCUUGGAUACACAGAAAUAUGUUUCCAUCUUCUCAGCAGGGAUUUAGACGGGACUUGUCAAACUACCUGAUUACAAUAUUUUGAUUUAUUGACAUUCGGCAUAAUAUAAUCCUCUGCUGAUGAAUAAUCCACUCAUUAUCAAACUGCAAAACAUUAGAAAAAUAUGCAAUUGUUGAAAUAUUUGAAAAAUAUUUCGGUAAAUGCUAUUUGUUUUGUUUAUGUUUAAUACUGGUUUUAAAAAAAUAUUUAUAAUAGUGUUUUUCCUUUUGUUAUCCCUGCAUCAGGCAGUUUUUAUGACCUAAUGGUGAACUCCAUGAGUUCAGUGUCCUUCCAUUUAUUCUUCUUUCCCCUUCUGUUAAAAAUGAAAUAAAGUUGGAUAUGUUAAUUAGAAAUCACUAAACUAAAACCUACUUCAGAUUUCUUAACUGAUUGUUGAAAAGCCUUGUCAAGAAUAGAAGUAGAAAAGUAAUCAAUAUUCUUUGGUGUUUGGUGGAAAGUACCACAUUCAAUCAGCUUUAUUUAUCAGCUGGAUGUGCUUUUUUUUAACCCUUAUUGGUUCACACUAAUUUUACCAUCACCUAAAUGGCUGAAUGUAUUUUUAUAUUUAUUUGUAAACAUGUACAUAUUUAAUGGGCGUCAGAAUAAAAAAACUGUAUUUCAAAAGUGGGAACAUUGCAUUUUUAGUAAAUUUUGUUAAAAUAAAAUUCUGAACAACUAACUUUUGGAGUAUUCUGCUUUGUGGAAGAGAUUUCUCUGUAUACAAAAGAAUUCUCUGAUUGUAGGUUGGAUGGGAGGCCAGUCAGAGUUAUAUUCUUCACAAAUAGAUCACAUGAACAAUCUUCUAUGCAAUUAAACUACUAGAAUCUGCUUCCUCUCUGCGGAGUUUGCAUGUUAUAUUUUUAGCUUCUUUCCUUCUCUGUCAAUAAAAUUGGGUGCCAUAGCGGUUAGCACGAUUUCAUUGUAGGUUUUUGCAAAGGAAAUGAUGUGAAGCAUUUUAUGUUUAAGAAAAAUUCUAACGACUCAUUUAUUGCAAUCCAAACACUGAACACAAAGUGUGGUAAAAGUCCUUCACAUAAUUAAGUCAUUACAUCAGACCAGCCUCUUAAAGUGUACUCCAAAACAAUGUUGGUGGUUGAGAAUUAUGUACGUUUUCACCAGUUACAUUACUCUACACUAUUACAGCUCAGGCCGUUGGAGUUCAGAGUCCAAUCCUGUCAUCCUCUGUAAGGUAUUUGUAUGUCCUCCACACGGAAUGUGUGGAUUUCCUCUGAAUGCUGCAGUUUCCUCCCACAGUUCAAAGACACACCAGUUAGUAGGUUAAUUGAUCAUUGUAAAUUGUUCUGUGAUUACGCUAGGUUUAAAACGGGUUGUUGGCAGUGCGGCUCAAAGGGCCGAUUCUGCACUAUAUCUCUAAAUAAAAUAAAAAUAAAUAGCAUUUUAAAAGUUGACAGCAUAAAAGAAUGUCACAGUGUCAUUAAUAAAGGUCCAUGUAACAUGAUUAUUGCUCUGAACAAGUCCAAAAUAUUUCCAAGGUGACACACAAAAUGCUGAAGGAACUCAACAGGUCGGAGCAGCGCCAAUGGAGAGGAAUAAGGAGUUGACGUUUCAGGCCAAGUCCUUUUGUCAGGAAGGGUCUUGGCCUGAAACAUCAACUAUUUAUUCCUCUUCAUAGAUGCUGCCUGAUCUGCUGAGUUUCUCCAGUAUUUUCAGAGUGUUUCCAGCAACUGCAGAAUCUCUUGUAUUAAUAUUUCUGAGAUGAGGUGUUUGGUCUUCAGAUAAUAUAUUUAAGUUUUGUUUUGGCUCAGCAGAUCUGUACAGCUUUAGUUAUGGGUUUGUAAUGAUCCUAGAAGCAAUCAAGCAGUAUGUUUGUCACCGAAUUAAAUGGUAGAAAUAGCCAUCCAAGUCCAAACACUUUUGCAGUAACUUUUGGAAGCCAUUCUCCAAGAUACUUAGCUCAGAUAUAACAACUAUGUGAAAAUGUGGUUAAGGCUGAUAAGAUCUCAGUUUUUUUUAAUGGGACUGAAGGAUCCUGCCCACCAAACAGGGUAUACGAAGGAUCUAUCACCAUGCAGGCAGAGAUUGUAUGGUACCUUCUGUAUGGUGAGGUUUAAGAAAUAAUCUGAAGCAAAGGCUCCCGAACACAUUAUCUGAAUUAGUACCCUGCUCGGAUACAAGUCUAAUUCACACCAGUUUGUUUUAGUAAAUUGUACGGUUCAUCUAACUGUUCCUGAACAAGGCGAGAUCCCUUAAAUGCUUUACAUAUUGCAACUAAAGUAUUAAUUUUUAACAUUUUGUAGCAAUUGUCUGUAAGAACAUCUGGGUUAGUGAACAUGCAAGACCAAAACGCCUGAGGUGAUUCAUCUUUUGACAAACAUUUCAUGUUGAAUUAAUGGAAUAAAUAUGAGUAGAAUUAACGCCAAGAACAGCUCUGAAUUAGUGUUCAGUGUGGAAAAUGUGUAAUAUGUAAAAAGUCAUGGAUAGUACUGAGCAAACGUAAUAACAUGGAUACAUGGCUAGGAUAAUCCAAAUUAAACAUUGUGCCUUUAUAUAAAUGUUUAAGUACAGUUUACAUUACAGGCCCUCCCAGGUUCAGUUUCUGGGAAAUGUUUUAAAACAAUAGUUUGGGAGUCACAAAUGUGGCUGUGAACCAAGUUGCAACACUGUGGAAGAUACCUGGAGACCCACAGCAGCCAACAAACACCCAUCCCACUGAUCUGGAGGGCAGUUGAAUGUGUGGGUUUUACUUAAGUCGUAAAUUGGGGACGACUUAAAAUAUAGCUGUCAUUCUCAUAGUUUGAGGUACCAAAUUGCUCAGGAGGUUUCUGGAUUAUCUCUCCAAUGCCAAGAUUAUGAAAUAAAAUAAAUUGAUUGCAAAUUCAAUUAUUAUUUAAAUUGUUUAAUUAGGGGCAUGUUCACAUUUAAGUGUAGAGCCCAGUCAGAUGGCCAGAUGUUUUACCCAGUGCCACAGUGAGUGCUUGACAGUUUCAGAGCACGCAUUCAAAGGGUUUGUAAAGUACUUAUAUUUAACCAGGGAUAACAACUGGUUAAAUGUCAAAUAUUAAACAUUGCUUGGAAUAGGCCAUUGGAGGGUUACUCUUGAUCAACCACCUACAACAUCAGAAAAAGAGAGGUUUAACCUUGACUGGUUAAGGGCAAAUUAGGAAAGACUGCUACAUCUAGUUGCCUUUGAAUUAAUUAGAAUAAUGAAAGUUGUUAGCAUAUAGAAGUUAAACUGAAGGCUUCAUAGUUCUGUGUGCAAUGCUGUUGUGGUUCAGAAUCAGCCAAGCUGUCUCAGUAUAGCCAUAGCACUGAUAUUUAACACAUGCAGAAAACAACUCAUGUAUUUAGAACAUAAAUGAAAGGAACAAGCCAUAGUGUUGAACUGAACUAAUUAAACUAACAAUGCCUAAUUACAUUAAUCCCUUCAUUGUCUGCAUAUUUGUGUGCCUAAGAAAAUCGAAGAUAUCGCCAGUAUAUCAGUCUCCACCUCCAUCCACUGUGUUAAAAUAAACUAGCUUACAUUUCUCUUCUGAACAUUGCUCUUUUCAUCUCAAAUGCAUGCUCUCUAGCAUUAAAUAUUUUAUCAUGGACUCCCAUUGCAGCUUAGCUUGUGCCCCAGCUUACUGAAGUGGAUGUACUAUCAAAUACUGGUAAUACAAAUACAGCUUUAGUAAAGUUGAGGAAUUUACAUCUUAUACUGAAAAUUAAUUGUUUGAUCAGUGCAACCCCAUAAAAUUGAGGCAGGCAUUUUCCUGUCCUCUAAUAGGAGCAGAAACAAGAAUAUUUGCUGAUGAUUGUAUUAAUUUGCAGGAGAAGGUGAGAGAUGGAACAUCAAGCACAAUUACACUGAUGAAACAGGCUCAGAAAGCACUGAGUUCCCCUUCUGAUAGCACAUCAUGGUGACAACUACCAUUUUCAAGUACCCUGCACCAAAGCUGCUUGAUAAUCUCUACCAAAUUUACCACCGAGGAUUCUGUUUCAAGCCUCACUUUUCCAGCUUAAGAAUGUAUCACUGAAUCCCAGAAUCAAAUAGUGAAAGCACGAGGCCAGAAUAGAGUGGAUGUUUAGAGGAUGUUUCCUAUAGUGGAAGAGUCUUAAGACCAGAGUGCACAGUCUCAGAAUGUCAACACAAGGACUCACAAGGACCUUUAAAACAGAUGAGGAAGAAUUUCAUUAGCCAGGAGUGGUGAAUCUGUGGAAUUCAUUCACACAGAUGGGUAUAGAGGCCUAUCAUUGGGUAUAUUUAAAGCAGAGAUUGAUAAAUUCUUGAUUAGCAAGUGUGUCAAAGGCUAUGGGGAGAAGGCAGGAGAAUGGAGUUGAGAAGGAUAAUAAAUCAGCCAUGAUGGAAUGGCCUAAUUCAGCUCCAUUAGGUAACUUGGAAGACUUGCAAUUUAUUUCUGAAACUAGCUCUUCAUUUGGCUAAAUUGCUUUUAUCAUCUACAGCUUGAGAUUUGUUUUUGAAAUGUGAUUUAUCCUAAGUACAAGGCCUUAAGUCCUAGGAGCAGAAUUGGCCCAUUCAGCCCAUUGAGUCUACUCCGCCAUUCCAUUAUGGCUGAUUUAUUAUCCCUCUCAACCUCAUUCUCCUGCCUUCUUCCUGAAACCUUUGAUGUCCUGAUUACACUAGAACCUAUCAACACCUGCCUUAAAUUAACCCAAUGACUUGGUCCACAGAUUCACCACCUUCUGGCUAACAAAAUUUUUCAUUAUCUCUGUUCUAAAUGGACAUUUCUCUUUUCUGAGGCUAUGCCCUCUGGUGCUAGACUCCCCAAUAUCUUCUCCACAUCCACUCAAUCCAGACCUCUCAAUAUUUGGUAAGUUUCAGUGAGAUUCCACCCCCCACCCUUCUUCUAAACUCCAGCGAGUACAGAACCAGAUACACUCUCAUACAUUAACCCAUUCAUUCCUGGGAUCAUUUUCAUGAGCCUCCUCUCGACCCUCUCCAAUGCCAGCACAUCCAUCCUUUGAUAUGGGAUCCACAACUCCUCACAAUACUGCUAACUGUGGUCUAACCAAUGCCUUAUAAAGCCCUAGCAUUACAUCCUCAGUUUUGUAUUCAAGUCCUCUCAAUAUGAAUGCUAGCACCACAUUUGACUUCCUUGCCAACUCAACCUGCAAGCUAACCUUUAGGGAAUCUCGCUUAAGGACUCCCAAGUCCCUCUACAUUCGAUUUUUGAAUUUCUCCCAUAUACAAAAUAGUCCACUUCUUUAUUCCUUCUGACAAAGUGCAUGACCAUGCACUUUCCCAGAUUAUAUUCCAUCUGUGACUUCUUUGCCCAUUCCAAUUGUCUUAAGCCCUUCAGCAGACACCAGAUUCCUCAACACUACCUGCCCUUCCAUCUAUCUUCAUAUUAUUCACAAAUUCAGCUACAAAGCCAUCAAUUCCUUCAUCCAAAUCAUUGACAUACAAUGUGAAAAGAAGCGGUCCCAACACUGACUCUGACACACCAUUAGUCAUUGGCAGCCAACCAAAAAAAGGCCCCCUUUAUUCCCAUUCUUUGCUGCCUGCUAUUCAGUCUACUCCAGUAUCUGUCUCGUAAAAUCAUGGGCUCUCACAUUACUAAGCAGCCUCAUGUGCGGCACAUUGUCAAAAGCCUUCUGAUAAUCCAAAUAAACACCACCACUGACUCUCCUUUAUCUACCCUGCAUGUUAUUUUCCCAAAAUUCCAACAGAUUUGUCAGGCAAGGUACUACUUAGAAACUACUUUAUCAUGUACCUCCAAGUACCCUAAAACCUCAUCCUUUAUGAACUCUAACAUCUUUCCAACACUGAAGUCAGGCUAACUGGCCUCUAAUUUCCUUUCUUCUGCUCCCUCCCUUCUUAAAAAGUGUAGAGCCAUUUGCAGUUUUCCAAUCCUCAGGAAACAUUCUCAAAUCUAUUGAUUCUUGUAAGAUUAUUAAUAAUGGCUCAUCAAUUUCCUCAGCUACCUCUUUCAGAACCUUGGGGUAUAGUCCAUCUGGUCCAGAUGACUUGUCUACCUUCAAACUUUUCAACUUCCCAAAGGCCUUCUCCUUAUUAAUAUCAACUUCUGCCCCCUGCCAUUCUUGCAUUUCUGGCAGUCUGCUAGCAUCUUCCACAAUGAAGACUGAUGCAAAAUACUUAGUAAUGGCAGUGAAACUCCAGUGUCAUUUUCUAGCAGUCUGAUUAUCUAUUCUCAUCUCUUUCACUGUUUAUAUUUCUCAAAAAUCCUUGUAUCCUAUUAUAGACUAGCUUAACCUCAUAUUUCAUCUUUUCUCUCUUUAUGGCUUUUCGAGCUGCCUUCUGUUUGUUCUUAAAAGCUUCCUGAUCAUCUUACCUACCCAGUAGUUUUUGCUAUGUUAUAUAACCUCUUUUCCUUUUAUUGACUUUGACUUCCCUUGUCAGCCAAAAUUGCCUCAAACUCUCUCUAGAAUACUUCAUUUUUGGAAUGCAUCUUUCCUGCACCUUUCAAAUUUUCCCAAGGAACACCAGCCAUUGCUGGUCUGCCAUUGUCCCUGCUAGUGGCCCCUUCCAAACAACUUUUGCCAGCUCCUCUCUCAUUUCUCUGUAAUUCCCUUUACUCCACGUAAUACUGAUACAUCCAAUUUUAGCAUAUCCUUCUCAAACUGCAGGGUGAAUUCUAUAAGAUUAAGACUACUCCCUCCCAAGGGUUCAAGUUCCCUAAUCAAAUCUGGGUCAUUACAUAACAUGUAAUUCAGAAUUGCUAUGCCCUAGGCGGCUCAACAAGAUGCUUUAAAAAAAACAUUUUAUGGGUAUUCUACAAAUUCCCUCUUGGGAUCCAGCAUCAAUGUGAAUUUCCCAAUCUACCUGCACAUUGAAGUCCCCCAUGAUUACUGCAACAUUGCCUUUUUACAUCAUCCCAUUGUAAUCUGUAGCCCACGUCUUGGCUACUGUUCAGACACUUGUAUACAAAUCCCAUCAGGCUCCUUUUACUCUUGCAGUUCAACUUUACCCAUAAGGUAGAUCCAAUCUUAUGUCACUUAAAAGGAUUUGAUUUUUUUUUUAAAUCAGAGCCACCCCACGCCAUCCCUCUGCCUGUCCUUUCAAUAAAGUGUGUACCCAUGGAUGUUAAGCUCCCAACUAUAAUAUUCUUACAGCCAUGAUUUAGAGAUGCACACAUCUUAACUGCCAAUCUCUUAAUACAAGUGCAUCUACCUUAAUGCGUAUACUGUGCAGAUUCAAAUAAAACACCUUCAGUCCUGUAUUCCCUACCCUUUUUGAUUUUGGCCCCUGUUAUACUAAGUCAUCUCACUCACAUUUUGCCCUAUCAUCUGUCGGUCCCUCCUGACAGUCUCACUAUAGAUGACCUCUGCUGGUAAACUAACAGCCCCAUCACUGCUAUGCCAAUUUAGUUUAAAUGCCCCUGAACAGCUCUAGCAAAUCUGCCUGCAAGGAUAUAGGUCCCCGAGGUUCAUGUGUAACCCGACGUUUUUGUAUAGUUCAUACCUUCCCCAAAAGAGAUCCUCAUGAUCCGCAAAUCUAAAACCAUGACCCCUGCACCAACUCUUCCGCCGCACAUCUACUGCCAAAUCAGCCUAUUCUUACUCACUGGCAAAGGCUGCAAUCCAGAGAUUAAUACCCCGAAGGUCCUUCUUUUCAGCUUUCUACCUAACUCCAUAUAUUCUCCCUUCAGGACCUCCUCUCCUUUUCUACCCAUGUCACUGAUACUAAUAAGUAAUAUAACUUCAGGCUGUUCACCAUCCUCCUUUAGACUGUUGUGGACUCAAUCCAAGACAUCCCUGAACCUGGCACCUGGGAGGCAACAUACCAUCCAGGUGUCUCUUUCACACCUACAGAAUCUGAUUUCUGCUCUGCUAGUUAUGGAAUCCCCUACCACUACUGCUCCCUUCAUCUCCCCCCUUCCCUUCUGAGCCAGAGAUAGACUCAGUGCCAGAGACCUGGUUGCUGUGGCUUCCCCUGAUAGGGUGCCCCCCACCCACCCCAACAGUAUCAAAAGCACUAUACUUAUUAUUGAGGGGUAACAGUCACAGAGAUAUUCUGCACCGGCUGCCUAGUGCCUUUUACUCUCCUGCCAGUCACCUACCCCCUGCAACUUAGGGGUGACUA